CGUUCAUAUAUAUAUAUAUAUAUAUAUUCUUCAAAUUUGAUAUUUUCUUUACAUUUUUGUACGUCGCAGUACUCUCUUAGUAACAUUAAUAACUAAUACAAGCAGCUUAUUUGGGGGCAAUAGCUAUUUCAAGUAAAUCAAAACGCAAAUCUAUGUUUUUUUUUCUGAAAACAAAACAAAACAAAGAAAACAAACAAACAAAAAGAAAAGAAAGGAAAAAGCAUAUAUAUAUAUACACAUAGGUUUGCCUCGAUGUCAAUUGAAUAUAUAUUUAUUAUAUCAAUUACGAUUUAUUAUGUCAUUUGCGCUAAUUGACCUUGACCGAAAGCUAAGCACAUCAAAUACACGCGCACGGAGGAGAGUGUCUCCCUCCCUGAAAAUUAUACGUGAUGCAUAGCGAUAAUAACGAUGAUAACUAUAAUUAUAAUGAUGACGAUAAUGAUAAUCAAUGAUUAACGCGUUAAAAAAAUUUAUAUAUAUACAUAUAUAUAUAUGUGUGUGUGUGUGUCUUUCAACGAUCCACGUAUUAUCAUUACAAUAUCACGAUAUUGUAGUCGUACGAAUUAAUGGAGGAUUAAAAAUGGCCGCCAUAUUGUUUUACGUUAUAUACAUACAUAUAUCUUUCUUUUUAUCGAUAUAAUAUUGGUUGAGGAAAAAGACAAAAAAUAAAAUAAAAGAAAAAGAAAAGAGAAGAAAAAAGAAAAGAAAAGAAAAGAAAUUCAUUUCCCAAAAAAUAAGAUAUUUCCAAAAUUUACUUUCUGACAAGAAAAAGAAAAUGUCUCUUUUUCCAACGAUAUUACAUAUGUAUUUACGUAUGAAUGUACUUAUGUAUGUUUGUUAUGUAUGUUUGUAUGUAUGUAUGUAUACGUAAAAUUCAUAAUAGAUAUGCGUUAUGGGAGACAUUAAGACACUCUUCUUAUCGACACGUGUUUCCAUGUUACGAAUUUGAACGAAAAAAAAAAAAAAAAAGAAAAAAGAAAAAGAGAGAGAAAUACAUAAUAUACAUGUACAUAUACGGGUAGGUGGGGAAGAAGGGUAUGCAAAAGUCCUUAGGCGUGGUCAAAAUUUCCACAAACGAUUUUACAAAUCAAUUAACUCUUUUUUUCUAGGAAAUAAUAGAAAACAUUUUUUCUAGACUUCUUUUUUUUGACACAUAUAUAUAUAUUUGUUUUUUUUUUUUUUUUGGUCAAAUUAAAAAACUACAGGUUCAACUACACUGGAAGGUUGAAAAAUUCAGCCGAAAAAAAUAAUAAUUGAUAUGUUGGAAAAUCAUUUAGAAAUUUUUGACGCCACCUUUGGGGUACUUUUGAUCAAAAGAAAUGAAAAAAAUAAAAAAUAUAAAAAAAAAAAAAGAAAAAAAAAGAGAAGAAUAAAAAAAACAUGCAGGGUCGAAUUUGAUCGUGAAAACUGCAAGCGAAUUUGAGCAACCUGUGUGUACAAAGUCGACGAUAAAAAAUUUUUUCUAUACCAUAUACAUAUACGUACGCGCGCAUACACACACAUACGCACGCACGCACACGCACACAUGCGCAUACACACAGAAAAAAUCAUAUACAUUUAUAUACAUAUAUAAUAUUGCAAACACACGUAAAAUUUAUUUGAUAUUUUGAAACCGCAGUUUAUAUUAGGUUUACAUUGUUUUAAAAAACUUUGCAAGCACAUAAAGAGUAUCUCGAGAAUUUAUAUAUGUUGCCGGUCGAACCUGUUAAAAUCAUUUCUCUCUUUCUCUCUCUCUCUCUCUCUCUUUCUCUCUUUCUCUCUUUCUGUCUAUCUUUCUCUCUUUCUCUCUCUCUCUCUAUCUCUUUCUGUCUGUCUGUCUGUCUCUGUCUCUCUCUCUUUCUCUCUCUCUCUCUCUCUCUUUCUAACGCGUUGAAAUAAUUCGCGAAUAUAUUGUUGCUGUUAAUUGUUAUCGUUGUUAUCACUGCUCUAUAAUAAUUGUUUGAUUAAUUAAUUAAUGAACUAUAUCGCAUGCAGUACCAUGAGUAUAUGAAUUGUAUACGUAUGUUUAUAUAUAUAUAUAUUAACUUACACGCAUUAUCGGUAUAAGCAGCUUGGAAAUAAUUUUUUUUCUUUUUUGUAUAAUAGUUAUUUUGUUCGAUAUUGUUGUUAUUUGAUACACGAAAGAGGAGAAGAAAAAGAAAAAGAAAAAGAAGAAGAAGAAGAAGAAGAAGAAGUAGAAAGAAAAAUAAUAUCAUUUACUUUAACGAGACACACGUCAGAUAUAUUCCUUUCAAUAUGGCGUCGUACAUGUAUAUGUUCUCAAAUGUGAAAUAUUAAUUUUCGAGGUUUAUCGACCAACAACAAUAAGAACAACAACUACAAAAGAAUGAAAAAAACAAUACAGAAAUAACAAAUAUUUGUAAGUAACUCCUCCUCCAUGCCAUUUGCCAUAAUUAAUUAUUAAAACUUCGCAUUAUCGUGAUUUUCGGACUUAUUAAAAUAAGAUCGUCAGAUUUAGAGAAGAAUGAAAUUGAAGUUAUGCAGGAUUUCAAUAAACGCGUGAAAACAAAAUCUACAAAAAAGAGUCUAAAAGAAAAUAUAACUAUACGAAUAUGUGUUUACAUUAUUCGUCAAAUAUAUGUAUUUUACAGAUCGUACUACGCCAUAUUGCGCAUCACGAAUCUUCGUGCAUCAAUUGUAUCGAUGUACAUAUACAUAUAUAUGCAUGUAUAUAUGUGUAUGUGUAUAUAUGUAUAUAUAAAUAUAUAUGCAGGAUGGGGCCGAAAGUUCCUAGACGAUUUUAAAAAUGAA